CAGCGCUUCCGCGUUUCCGGUACUCGUAGUGCGCUCCGUUUCGUUACUUGGUUCACUUCGCGAAUAUAAAAUAAUAAUUUCCAGCGGUGCGGAAAUGUUCCAAAAUUGUUUAGAAAAGCCAAGAAUGACCAAAAGUUAUUGUGUUUAUUGAGACAAAGAUUAAGGGUUAUAAACCAAGUGGGAAUAAAUUUAAAUAAUACCCAAUAUAACCCAAAAAGUGUGAGAAAAGUGUUUUUGAGUGUUGUAAAAAAUCCUGAAAUUACUAAAGACUUCUCGUGUUCCGGUCUAUUUGGGAAGUUUGAGUCAACAUGGAUGCCUCGCAGCUAACGGAACUGAUGAGCAGUCAUGAUUUCAUGCAGUUGCAACAUCAGUUGCAUCACAACAACAACAACUACAACACAGACGGACACAAUGGACUAUCUUCGGAAUCGGCGGAGGGUAGUUCGCGGCCAGUGCGACGUGCCACCAGACGCACCUCACAGUUAAGCAAUAACACCUACGACCUGGAGAUGACGGACUCCAGUUCGCAGAGCGACGACACGAGCGGUGGGGGCGGCAGCAGCAAUGGAGGAGGCAGUGCCACCAACACUGGCCAGGGAUCAGGGGGAUCGGGGGCUGGGUCAGGGGGCAGCCUGGGUCGCGGGCGGGGCCAGCAGACAAGCUCCGGUGCCUGCCCCUCGACCCUCACCCCCAACAGUGCCAACUCCAGCUCCUCCAAUGCCAACGCCAAUGCAAAUCGACGGAGGAAGGGCGCUCUGAAUGCCAAGGAGCGGAAUAUGCGGCGACUGGAGUCCAACGAAAGGGAGCGAAUGCGGAUGCACAGCCUCAACGAUGCCUUUCAGUCGCUGCGCGAGGUCAUCCCGCACGUGGAGAUGGAGCGGCGGCUGUCGAAGAUCGAAACACUGACGCUGGCCAAGAACUACAUCAUCAAUCUGACGCACAUAAUACUCUCCAAGCGGAACGAGGAGGCGGCUGCCCUGGAGCUCAACUCGGGAGCCGUGGGCGGAGUGCUGCUCUCGAAUCUCACGGCUGAAGGCGGAGGAACGGGAACUACUAGUGCCACGACGCUCUGCUUCGAGGAUGCCCUGGCCAACGGAAGUGCCUUCGACUGUGCCCUCCUGGCGGCCACCGAUGGCAGUCUCCUGAACGCCGCCGCCGUGACCGCCAGUCCCGCGAUGCAGAGCCUCCAGCAGCCCCAGGCGAUGCACAUGCAGACGCCGCUGGAGCAGCAGCAGCAGCAACAGCAGCAGCAGCAGUCCAGUCACCUGCCCCACCACCAGCAGCAGGCGAUCCAUGGCCAUGGGGGCCACAUGGGAGCCACCAUGAUGCAGUCACAACAGCAGCAGCAGCAACAGCAACAGCCGCCCACGCUCAUACUCAAUGGCAGUACCUCAGUGGGCGUGGGCGUUGGAAUUGGGGUGGGAGUGGGCGUGGGAGUGGGGGUGGGAGUGGUCAACAAUGCCACCAGUUUUGCCGAUAUCAACGAUAACUUCGACGAGCCGUUUCGGGAGUUUCUUUAAAUGGGUUUUGCGUGAUCCCAACGAUAGUCACACUUGUAUAAAAACAAUAGAAAGCUCAAAUUUAUAUUACCUUUAGAUGAUUUUCGCGAGAACGAUAUUUAUGAGUUAUUAACAUUUUUUAAAUGAUAAACAUUUUUGCAAUAAAGCUUUGUAAAUAAUAGAACCAGGGACUACUCCCACUUAACAUUUUCAUUUUAAAUAAUAAUGCCCUUAAUAACUACUUGAAAAUAAUUUAAAUCGAAAGAAUACUUUUUAAUUUUUGUGUGUCGUUAAUCGAAAAUUUUGAAAUAGUUUGGUUGACAAAAUAACGUUUUAACAAAUCUGUAACUAAUCUUGAAAUAUCAGCAAAUAUACGUAUACUUUAAUUAGGAGAUAAAACACUACAACAAAUAUGGAAAAAAAGAUGUUGGCAAACUUAGGGUUACCGAACACAAAUAAGAUUUAAUUAAGUAAGUAAAUUAGUCAAAACACAUAUAUAUACACUACUAUUCUCCGUUCUAACAUCCAAGUCAAAUGCAUUGUAAUAUAUACAUUUCAUUUAUAUAAACAUAAUUAUAUUAUAACAGAGAGAAGAAACGUUUUAUGUAAGCUAAAGGUAUACAAGAUCUUUAAUGUCUUGCUUUAUAUCUUUACCAUUUUGUUUCUCAUUUGAAAUUUUUUUAUUACACAUUUUAAAGAGUUUAAGGAGUUUAAUUCCGAAGCCAAUUUUUCAGUUAUUAUUUAUAUUUUAAAUUUUUUAAAAAUAAUAACCUUUUGAGGACAUAAAAAUUAAAUUUAAAAUAUUUUAGGUUAAAUACGUUAGUAAGUCGAUUAUAAGAAAAAUGGUUGCCCACAACUUAAUUUUGUUUUUCAGAGAGGUUCCACAUUCAUUGUGCCCACUCACAUACACCCUAUAUAUAUAUAUGUAUAAUUGUCAGCAAUAGCAACAACAACAAGGAAUCAAUUACCGUUAACUAGCAGUCCUGGCGUCUGACUCUAAGGAAUGACGGUCUACAAAGUGUCGCCCCCGAUAAGUUAAUUUACCACCCAUGAUCUUUUUAAUGCACUUGAAACUUACCAAGGAUAUAUGUAUGUUUGUAUAGGGAAAUGGGAGGGGAUACAAGGGGGAGGGUAAGGGUGAUGGUGAAGAAUUAACACACAAAACAAUUAACACACCGAAACGUUGAAUGGCUCACUGAAAUUGGCACACUUCCGUUAUGGCGCGCCAUACCGAAAACACGGUGGGCGGAAAAAGGACACCGAUAUCAAGGAUACUAACGCUCGGACGGUAAACAGUAAUAAAAUAACGGUGCUCAGUGGGUGUCGAACUCGGGGGAUAGAGUCAGAGUGCGUAGUUGUGUGUGUGAGUGUGUUAGUCAGGGGUGAAUGGGAAUUCUGGGGUCUUAGCAAUAAUUAAGUGAAAAAUAGUAGUUGGGGUGGCUCUUUCCUCUCGGGUGUCGAGUUAAGCUUGUUGAUUAUGUUUGAUUAUUUAGCUUGAACACGAACAUAAACACAGGCCAACUAAUUUUAAAGGGAUAUUUUUUUUGGUUCAGAACAAAACCACAACGCAUUUUUGAUAUAGUUUCACAUAGAUUUUUAUACAAAUAUUAUAAUCCAGACUAGUUAUUUUAAUGAUUUUAUCAGUAUUUUAUCUGUUUUAAAUUUAUA